CGCGCAAGAGGUCGCUCAGGCCGACGUACCACCUCCUGGGGGACGGUUUGAGGAAACUCCUUCGCCUUAAGCUGCUCAGAGUCUCGGUCCUCGCCGCGGUUUUCCUAGCAGCAAGAUGGAACCCCGUCCUGAAGAUCCCGCUCGUGCCGACACUCGUCAUCAUGUUCGUCCUUCGGCACCUGGUGCUGACACCGCUGCCGGAGAAGGCGAAGGAUAUCGCGUGAUUAACGGUGGACUUUCUGAAGAGCAAAUCGCGGAGAGGGUCGUCGACUACGACGACGACGAGUACGGGUUCGUGAAGAUGGUCAGGAGUGCACUCGUGGAGGCUGGGGUAUUGAAAGAGGAAACCCCGCUGGGCAAGCUGCAUGCGCUCGCCCCGCCAAAGGGUCGGCGCAAGAACCCGUUCUUAUUCGUGCUCCAGAACGAUCUGCGGAAAUCGAAAGAGUUCGCGGCGGCGCUUCAUCGGUUCGUGCGCCAGGAGAUAUGCGCGGCUCUUGGCGUUUCGCGAGUCGCGUAUCAGAGGAGACCAACGUUCCGCGUGCACAUGGCGGGUGGGCCAGCUCAGGGGUUCGCUCACGCAGACGGUUUGGAGCCGUAUAAUCAUCAACCCGGCGAGGUGAACAUAUGGCUGCCGUUGAGCAAGGUUCACGGCAGCAACUCGCUGAUGUGCGAGUCUUCACCGGGCAAGGGUGACUUCCACGCUUUCGAAGCUGAGCCCGGUCAGUUCGUGAAGUUCUACGGUAAUAGGUGCUGGCACUACUGUCUCGAUAACAAAACCGAUGACACGCGCGUUAGCUUUGACCUGAGGGUGGUGCCGAUGGACCUGUUCGACAACAACCACGACGGGCCAUCGAAGACGCUGACGAAAAAAUCGAGCAAAAAGCGAUUUUCGGGAAUCAAGCCCUUGAAGCUGGGCGAGUACUACAUGGACUCCGACGCGGAGUUUGACGAACAGUGGCAGCAAAUGAGAGGUCGGAUGUAGGGGGGCUUCGUAGCUUUGGGCUUCGUACAUUAUCUUACCUUCGUAGUUUUUAGGAUGAAUGUAGUCUAGUUUUAGUGCCCACUUUCUCUUUACAAGCGAGUUUGUCUUUGCU